AUGCCAGACACUCCGCUGCACCGCGUCCUGAAGCCGCUAAACUUCAAGCGAGCCAAAGGGCAAGCUGUCGAUGGCCGCAGUCAGCGGAGUACUGCAGCUGCUGAUGGCAUCCACAUCUUGCGGCCUCAAAGCGGCAAGCCAGGGAAAUCUCCUGGCGUCUCGUUUUUCCACUUUUUUCCGGAAAUGUCCGAGGCGGCUCAUGCAUAUCUGGGUGCUGAGGUGUACAAGUGCGGAAUUACUGCUCCCAAGACCUCGCUGCCCAGCCAUUUUCGCAUCGUGUGUGACGGGCCCAAAUCAUUACCGCUAGUAGCUGAAAACGGUGAGACUGAGAUCGUGGAGGUAGGAGUGCACUGGUCCCUCUUCACCACCGAGAAGAUGGAGGUUACCGAGUUUGAGGCCAAGUUCGCGGAGCUGCAAACGACCUUCCAACCGUGCAACACCUUCGAGGGCGGGGCUGGACUGAGACAAUUCAAUGUAGACCUUGACUACCUGCCAACUGACAGGCUAAGCUGUGCGGUGGUGACUGCUCUGGAUGAAAUGGCUGACAUGACGAGCCAGCCCAACACACGGAUGUUUGCCAGGGUCUAUGCUGGACACAUUCGUGCUACUGAUAUGGAGUUCAAGGAUGUGUUGGAAGACCUGCCUAUGGCUUGGAUGGCAGCACAGGCCUUGGAAGCCUUUGCUACCGAUGAUCCUAUGAUGUACGCGGAUGCCUUUGAAGUGCAGACCCAGCUGGGCCACCUGUUCAACGAGGAUGACUUCAAAUUGUCAAUGCCCAUCCGGAAGCAGGUGUCGACAUCAGCAGGCAGCAACACUGCAACUAUGGAAAUGAUAAAGUCGUGUGAGGACCCAGUACAGGUGAACGUAUGUGGGCUAACUGCAACUCAGUUAUCCCCUUUGAGUGCUAGUUUGGGCUGA